AAAGCGCAGCCCCGAGGCGACGGCGGAAAGCAGCCCGUGGUUCAGCUUUUCUUCUGAUAACAUGCCGCAUUCUGUGCAAUGAGGAAAGGCCGGCCACAAAGAGCCCUGCCUAGAAAGAAGCAAAUGUCUCCAUCUCGCACUCAGAGUCCAAUGUCUACUGUAAGUUCAAGCAGCAGGUCACCUUCUCCGCUUAGCAGAAAAGGAACUCCAGCGACUUAUUUAACAACAGGACAGAGGUAUCAAGGGGAUGCAGCUGAAGAAAGUGAUGCAGAAAUUCCCUUUGAAUCUCCAGUUGGACAAGGUGGCAAUUGUAUCAGUCCAGGUAUCAGGUACAUAACAGAAACUCUUAUCAAGAAGCUGUCCAGACAGGAAAAUGUGGCACGCGUAACUGCUUUGAAUCUUUCCCUUGCUAAAGAUGGAGGAAAGAAGUUUAAGUACAUAGAAAAUCUGGAGAAGUGUGAUAAACUAGAGGUUCUUAAUCUCAGUCACAAUCUGAUUGAGAAGAUUGAAAAAUUGGACAAACUUUUGAAGUUAUGUGACCUCAAUUUGUCCUACAACAAAAUAAGUAAAAUAGAAGGGAUUGAACACUUACACAAUUUGCAGAAACUAAAUCUUGCUGGGAAUGAGAUUGAACAUAUCCCUGUGUGGUUGGGGAAAAAACUCAGGUCUCUGCGUAGCUUGAAUUUGAGAAAAAACAAAAUAUCAUCAUUCCAUGAAGUAGCGAAACUGAAACCUCUUAAAGAUUUGACUUCUCUGUUCCUGGCAGACAAUCCUGUUGCAAACCUGCCUCAUUAUCGUCUCUAUACCAUAUUCCAUUUGAGAUCAUUGGAAGAUCUUGAGGGGCAGCCGGUGACAAACUGUGACAGGGAAGAGGCCCUCGAAAGGUUUAAUUUAGAAGAGAUAGAAAAUCUAGAGAAGGACUUAGAGAAAAUGAUGAAAGAGGUGGAUGACCUUAAAAACAAACAAUCUGAUCUGCUUGAAAAGCUACAGCAACAAGAUGACAUAAACAAAUCAUUAAAACAAAAACAUCUGCAGCAGAAACAAAGCUAUAAAGACCUGGAGAGUGAGCUGGAAACCAAAAAUGAAUUGUUUUCUCUUCUGCUACCUAUUGGAACCUUGCUGCAUGUUCCUCUUCAGCUGAAGCAGAAGACGGUGGAAUUAACCAGAGCCUGCCAGAAACAAUAUGAGUUGGAACAAGAACUGGCUUUCUAUAAGAUCGAUGCCAAGUUUGAGCCAUUGGGUUAUUAUCCAGCAGAGGAUGUUGACCUUGAUGAUGUGCCAGGUGAAAGCGCUUAUAUUGGGAAGGCCAGGUACAAAAGGAACAUGUUUGCCAUGGAAGGUUACAUCGCUGCAAAGGCUCAGAAGUUGCAAGUCGGAAGCCUGGAACAGGAGGCGCAACACAAAAUUCAGCAGCUUAAGCUGAAUCUUCUUCAGUCGCUCGAUGUACAGCUAGAGGAAAAAGGGAGAAAGAUUAAAGGAGCUGAAGAAAAAUUGGCUGAAUUGCAUAGUGAAGUGGCAAAUGCGGAGCAACAUGUUUUAAAAGCAACAGAAGAGCUUAAACAACUCCAAGAGGCUGCAGCUCAGAAAAAGAUGACAGAAGGGGAGAAGGAUUGUCUCAGGCAACAGCUUAGCGACAAGAUACUUCUCCUAAGUCGGCUGCAAGAGGAAGCUCUAGGACUAGAGAACCAGAUGGAAAGACAAAGACAAGAAAUGGCCAAAAAAGAGAAGGAGUUAGAAGACCUGCAGGGUUUUAUAGAUUCGUUGGACCCUAAAGACCCAAGACAUGCUCAUAUGAAGGCUCAGAAAUCAAGCAAGGAGCAGCAACUUGACAUGAUGAACAAGCAUUACAAACAGCUGGAAACCCGCCUGGACGACAUGCUGUCUCGGAUUGCAAAGGAAACGGAGGAAAUCAGAGACCUGGAGCAGCAGCUCACAGAUGGUCAAAUAGCAGCAAAUGAUGCACUGAAGAAAGACCUGGAAGCAAUUAUCAUUGGGCUACAGGAAUAUCUGGAAAGCGUUAAGGGUCAGGCCAAACAAACCAGUGACGAAUGCAAGGAGUUGCGGAAAGACAAGGAGGCUUUGCUGCAAAGGCUGGGAGAAUUGGAGGAAGAAAAAAAUCAGCUGGAAAUAGUUGCCAUGGAUGCAGAAAACAUGAGAAAAGAAAUUACAGACCUUGAACAUGCGCUGCAAGAACAACGGGAACUCAAUGAGGAACUGCAGGAGGCCCAAGGAGAACUUGGUGCUUACGAAGCUGAGCUGGAGGCUGAGCUGAAGGCCCGAGACAUGGAAACCAAUCAGCAUAAAGAAGAACUAGAAAGGCUGAAAGAACUUAGUCAGCUGGAACACUCUGCUCUCCAAGCUGAACUUGACAAAGAAAGACAGGCCUUGGAAAAUGCUUUGACCAAAGCACAAUUAUUGGAAGAAAAGGAACAGGACAAUAAUAAACUGCUUUCCCAACUCAAACAACUGCAGAGAGACAAUAACAUUUUGAAACAACAGCUUAAAGAUACUAAAAAUCAACUGGAUCACGCAGUUGAUAGCUUAAUUCAUCCCGAGGAAGUCUCGGCUCGUGUGAAUGAACUCAAAAAAAAGCUACAGACUGGGGCAGAAAUCAGGUGCCAGAACUCAAAGGAUAUUUUAGGGGAAAGCCUUGCAGACCUGCAGAAAAGGUUUGGCAAGAUCCUUGCUCGUUCGCAGCAAGAGAACGAGGCAGCCCAGGCCAGAGAGAGAGAACUCCAGAAGGAGAUGGCAACUCAGCAAGCUAAGCUGGAAGAGGCACAAGAAAAAUACAGAGCAGCCUGCAACAAAACUGCAGAAGCCAAAAUUAAAUCUGAGAAGAGGCAAAAUGAAGCCAGAGUCCGGCAGUUAGAGAAUGAAAUCCAGCAUCUUAGUGAAAAGCUGAAGAGUAUGGAAGAAAUCCAGGGGCUCACAGAUCAACAGCUCCAAGAAGCUGAUGAGGAGAAAGAGAGAAUAAUUGCUCAGCUGGAAGAUCUGGAGAAUAGGAAAAACGUGGAAGAUGCCAGAGCACAAAUGCAAUUCCUCGGCAUCGAUAAAGAGCUGAAGGAAUUAAAGAGAGCAAUAUCAGCUUCCGAUAAACAGGCAACAGCAGAGCUCUGUGCAGCCAAAGAUCAGCUCAAGUCACUUCAUGGGACUGUAUACAAAAUUAAUCAAGAACGCAAUGAGGAACUUGCAGAAGCAGAGAAGUUUUGUAUGCAGGCCUCUCAGGCUUCCAAUGAUCUUGCCAGAGCAGAAGCAGAAAUAGAAUUGUUGCAGAAACUUCUGAAAGAAAAGCAGGAGCGGCACGAAAUGGAAAAAGUUGAUGCUGAUACUGCCGCUUCACGUUUUCAGAAAGAGGAGAUUGAGAAAUUAAACCAGCUCCUGAAAUGCCAGAAAGCAGAAAUCGACCGGCUACGCAGUGCGUUAGAUGAGGUUGGGGCAGGCAGCAGGGAGGAAAUUGGCAGCAUAUUGGAUGAAAUAGCCGCACUCAAGCACGCCAUAUCUCAUCAGAAUGAUGCCAUCACCAGAAUAAUAAACCCACUCAAAGGGAAAGGACAUUUGUCUUAUAUGCCAUCCUCAUCGCAGGCAUCUACUCCUGCAUCUCAGAGUACCAAAGAUUCUGGCGUUGGCUUGCAGUGUCCUACAUCAACCCCAAUCCAUAAAGGCCCUGCGGAUAGCAAGCAGAACAAGAAGAAACAUUCAGUCUCCCCUGCUGCAAGAGGAUGCUGGUCACAUACACCGGUCAGAAAUGGCCUGCAAGAAUCUCCCUCUGGUGGAGAAAACCAAGAAGAUGGUGAAGUGAACACUCACGGUGAAUUUUCCUUUGUACCACCUCCUGGCUCAGUCAUUUAUACUCUGCUGCCAGAUGGCGUUCCAGCACCUCAGGGAGCAGUAGUGUAUGGUCCACCUCCUCCUUCUGUACCAGCCAAUGGAGGACAGCUUGCUCCAACUACAGUUCUAUACGGCUCACCUCCGGCUGGAGCUCAGCUUGUUUAUAGCCCUCUUCCUGCUAACUGUUCUGUGCCUCUUGUUCCUGUUGGAGUACUUCAUUGCAACAUACCUGAGCAUCAUAACUUGGAGAAUAAAAUCUUGAGGCUGGAGGACCGUAUAGAUAAGUUAGCGUCCCGGCGACACAAAAGCGAGCAUCCUAGAAGUGCUCAUCGUGAACAUAAUAAAGAGAUGGACGAAUUGCACCUGGGCAUUCAAGACCUGUUGCGUGAAAGAGAAGAGCUGGAGCUCCAAGUAGCUGAACUCCGUAGCAUAGCCCAGAAACGACAUAAACGCAAAGACUUAGUUGAUGGGUGCGUCAGUGACGUCAUUUCAGAGCUGGAGCUAGAGAAACCUCUUCAGCACCAUGGAAACAUCAUGGACGAAAUCGAGUGCAUGGAGAAAACUCUUCUGAAGCGACGGGCAGAACUCAGGGAGGCAGACAGACUCCUUGCUGAAGCUGAACAUGAACUUGAAAGUACUCGAGGAAAAACCAAAGACACUAUUCAGAAAUACAACAGCGCUAAGCAGCAUUUGUCUCGGACUGAGAAAGAAGCCGAGGAGUUAGAACGACGGGCUCAGGAGAUGGCUGUGAGGCUUGUAAAAGCAGAUCAGCAGCUAAGGUCGCUUCAAGCAGGUGCAAAGGACCUAGAACAUCACAAGAUGGAACAACAAGGGAUUCUGAAAGAAAUCAAUAAAGUUGUGUCGGCAAAAGAUUCUGAAUUUCAAUCUUUGAGCCAGAAGAUUGAAAUAUUAACUGAAAGCCUUCAGAAGCUGCAGGUAGAUAUACAAGUUGCAGAAGGUAAUGAAGAUCACCAUCUCCAGAUCCUUAAAGAAGCAGAAAACAUUCUUCAGAGCAAAAAGAGUGAUCUAGAGAGGCUGAAGGAUCGGACUGCAGCUCAACAGGAGGAGCUGCUACUUUUGGACCGGCUGCUUGAUCAAAAGAAGGAAGCACUGCACCGCCUCCAAAACAGCAUUGACCAGAAAAGCGCUGACCUCACAGAAGCUCUCAGGGAUGGUGAGGCUGAGGUGGCUGAAAAAUGGCGACAAAUACAGGAGGUGAAGUCUUUUCUAGAGGACCUGAGUGUUCAGAAAGGAGAACUCAGCGCCCACUUAAAUGAAAAGAGAGCCCAGCUUUCUCUUCUAACGCAAGAUAUCCAAAAAGAGGAAGAGAAACUGCAGGAUGUCCUGGGACUGAUCGUGAAGCAUAAGACAGAACUCAAGCACGUGCUGGAAAUGUUGCAACUUGAAAGCAGUGAACUAGAAGGCUUAAAACUUCAGCAUAACCAAAAACUUCAAGAACUGGAAAAAAUGCACAGUGAGCUCCUGGAGGGGAAACUGGAGUUGGAGGACCUCCAGAGAGCAUCCCAGCAGGAGCAGGGCAAAGUGGAACGUCAGAAGCAGGUUCUUGAGAGGACCCAGCAAGAGGCUGAGCAGCUGAACUCUCAGCUCCGCACUUUGCAAAAGAGCGUCAAGGCACUGAGCGCCGAGAAGCAGCAGCUGGAAGAAAACUGCAACAGCUUGGAGAGGAAAUUGUCACAAACCAAAAGAACCUUGGCUUCUACAGAAGACAGCAAUAAAGCAUCCCUUACCCGCAUAGAAAAGAUGGACUGGGAUGUCCGAAAAUUGCAGCUUGAUGUUGACCAGCUACAAAAACACAAGACGUCUUUGAACGCUGACAUUGCAGACCUACAGAAGCAUCUUCAUGAAAAAAAGGAGGAACUGAAUAUAUUGAAAGCUGAACUGAAUGAUUCCAGGCAUCAUCUUCAGUUAUUGGAACAGGAUAUGAAAAAUGUCUCAAAGCAAAAAGAGGAGCUACUUCAAGAACAGACAGACCUGAAAGAGCGCCUGAGUGAAUAUUCGAGGAAGCACGAGGAAUGCCAGGAAGCACAGAGGCAGAAGGAAAAGCAGCUGCAGAAACUUUGCAGGGAAAUUGAAGAGCAGGAGCAGGAACGGGCCAAACGAGAGAGGAUUCUUCAGCACCUUCGGGACGACGCACAACACGAAGGACAGAAGUUGGAAGAGUGUACAGCUAAACUGAAAGAUCAGAAACAGCUGUUAGAACAAGAGCUGUCAGAGCAGCAGGGCAUUUUGGAGCAAGCAAUUGGCAAAGUUCAAAGGGCAGAAGAGCAGAUCCGGAAGCUUCAAGAGGAGGAAUCCUGUCGCUUAGCCCUUGAAGAAACCAUUAGCAAAACCAGACAUCAGGUCUCUGAAAAACAACUGGAGUUGCAAGAAAAGGUGUCCGAGGUGUUCUCCCUCCAAAGGAAGCUGGAGCUCUCGAAAGCCGAGGAGCGCAUGCUUCAAGAGCAGAUCCAAGCAGAAAGGAAACAGGCAGGAAAGCAAAUCGCAGGCCUGAAGGAAGCCAUCAAGACCCAGAGGAUCCAGCUCGAGAGAGCGCUGCACGAACAGAAAGAGGAAAACCACGGUUUGCAGAAAGAAAUGGCUUCUUUAGAGCAAGUGGCGCAAGACAACCACCAGCGAGCAAAGCGAUUGAUGAGGGACCUCGGCCGGAUCCAAGAGGAAUACAUGCAGCUCAAGUCACAGAUGAAGAGUCAGGAGGAUUUGGAGAAACGGCAAAAAGAAAUGAAGGGCGCUGUGAAAAUGCUCAAACUGGAAGUGAAAGACAAAAUGAGGAGUGGUUUGAAGGAUCUCAGUCAGUCCCCUCCGGAGCUGUUGGAACAUCUGGAGGCUAAUUUUGAAGCAAAGGGAAGCCCUCGAAGGGACUUGGAAAGCCUGAAGGAAAACUAUCCGUUCACAGAUAGUGAACCACGGAUGCUGUGCUUCGAUGAAAAGCUGGACCUGGCCAAAGUCCACAUCACGGAUGAGCAGUGGCGAGGAAAAGCCCGCCGAGAGCAACUCCAGCACCAGGAAGACCGGCUCAAGGCUCGGCUUCGGCAGUGCAUGUCCAAGCAAGUGGAGGUGUUAAUUAAAGGAAAGCAGCAGACGGAGGGCACCCUCCAUAGCCUGAAGAGGCAAGUUGACGUGUUGGACGAACUGGUUAGCAGUACCUCUACGGACUCGCUGUUUCUGUCCUCAAACUCCUCAGGGCUAACAGCCUCUGUGCACGAAGAGUCAACCCUUGCAAAGUACAAGUUUGCCCAAUCCCCUUCCAGAACAGCAGCUGCUAUUUUGCCACAAUCUCAAAUCAACCAUCAGGACAAAGCAUAAUCCCAGAGACACGGUAACAUACACAACUGCAUUGGUAGGGCGAAUGCCCAUAGCCUGAAUUCAAAAGUAUCUGAAGAUUACUACCUCAUUUGCUUACAAGUCCCUAUCUACCUUCUUUGAAACAAUUCAACUGAUCUCAGGUUUAUUCCCUACAUGUAUUUCACUGAAUGCGCUUUUCUGUUGAGAAAGUUGGCAAUACUGGAAGUUACAGCCAUGUGUACUUUUGCUACAAUGCAAGGAUGCCUGGAAUUAUUUAAAUAGCGAUGAAUGCUUAGGGGUUUUUUACAUUCCUUUUUACCAAUGUUUAGUGAAAAUUUGUAUUGGAUUGGGUAAAAUAUUUUCUUAAUAAAAUUUUUAGAAAAGUUUUAAA